AGUGGAAAGGGGUGGCGGGAUGGAGGGAGGGCGGCCGAGGGAAAGUCUGACACUCGGCGCAGAAGGAGCGAGACCCUCCGCUCCCGCCGCCGCUGCCGCUGGGGAGGAGCCGCCGCGCUCGCAACGCCUCCGACACCCGGCCCCGGCCCCGCCGCGCUCCGGCCGCUCUCCGGCCCCGGCAGCCUGACAGAAAAGCAGAAGGUGUGUGCAGCAAACAGUGCAGGGAGUUCAUCUCAAUCCAAACAUCUGCUUUCAAAGCAAGAGAAAAAAGAAAAAAAGCAGAAUGCAAUUGUUGUCUUCCAUUUAAAAGCCAAGGUGCUUCUUGCAGGGAUGCUCCGCAAAGUCCAGCCCAGCAGGGCAGAACAGGGCUGUCAGAUAAAACUUGGGUUGUUUGAAAAGUGAAGAGAUAUUUCACUGUAGUGCAAAAGAAGAUACAGAAGAAGAGAGCAGAAUGAGAGCUGUGCAAGUGCCACAUGCCUGCAGCUUGCUGUCUUUAGUGAUGCUGUUCCUUCCAGUCACUGGAACGUCAAAGCAAAAUAUCCCAAGACUGAAGCUUUCCUAUAAAGACUUGCUGCUUUCAAACAGCUGCAUCCCAUUCCUGGGCUCAGCAGAGGGGCUUGAUUUUCGAACCCUACUGCUAGAUGAGGAGAGGGGCCGGCUGCUAGUUGGGACAAAGGACCACAUCUUCCUGCUCAACUUGAUUGAUGUAAACAAAAAUGUAAAAAAGAUUUACUGGCCUGCAGCAAAAGAAAAGGUAGAAUUAUGCAAAUUAGCUGGGAAAGAUGCCCAGACAGAAUGUGCCAAUUUUAUCCGUGUUCUCCAGCCGUACAACCGGACCCAUGUUUAUGUCUGUGGCACAGGAGCAUUUCACCCUCUCUGUGGAUACAUUGAACUUGGAACUCACAAAGAGGAGAUGGUGCUCCGUUUGGAUACCCAGAACCUGGAGUCAGGCAGGUUGAAGUGCCCAUUCGAUCCCCAGCAGCCAUUUGCUUCAGUGAUGGCAGAUGAGUAUCUUUAUGCUGGAACAGCUUCUGAUUUCCUUGGCAAAGACACUGCUCUGACACGUUCUCUGGGCCCUUCUCACGACCACCAUUACAUCAGAACUGACAUUUCUGAGCAUUACUGGCUUACUGGAGCGAAAUUCAUCGGAACUUUUCCUAUCCCAGAUACCUAUAACCCAGAUGAUGAUAAAAUCUACUUCUUUUUUCGAGAAAUAUCACAAGAUAGUGGCACAUCUGACAAGACAAUCCUUUCCAGAGUUGGGAGAGUUUGUAAGAAUGAUAUGGGAGGCCAAAGAAGCCUAAUAAACAAGUGGACAACUUUUCUGAAAGCCAGGCUUGUGUGUUCCAUACCUGGUCCUGAAGGGACAGACACACAUUUCGAUGAGCUGCAAGAUAUAUUCUUACUUUCUACAAGAGAUGAGAGGAACCCUCUUGUGUAUGGAGUCUUCACUACAACAAGCUCGGUGUUCAAGGGCUCUGCAGUGUGUGUGUACAGCAUGGCCGAGAUCAGGGCCGUGUUCAAUGGCCCCUACGCGCACAAGGAGAGCGCGGAUCACCGCUGGGUGCAGUACGAGGGACGCAUCCCAUACCCCAGGCCUGGCACAUGUCCCAGCAAAACCUACGAUCCGCUCAUAAAGUCCACCAGGGACUUCCCUGACGAGGUCAUCAGCUUCAUCCGGCGGCACCCGCUGAUGCACAAGCCGGUUUACCCGGUGACGGGAGCGCCGGUGUUCACCCGGAUCAACGUGGACUAUCGCCUGACGCAGAUCGUGGUGGACCAUGUCAUGGCAGAGGAUGGGCAGUAUGAUGUCAUCUUCCUGGGAACAGAUGUAGGCACAGUCCUGAAGGUUGUGAGUAUCACAAAGGAGAAGUGGACCAAGGAGGAGGUGGUCCUUGAGGAGCUGCAGAUAUUCAAGCAUCCUUCAGUUAUCUCGACCAUGGAGAUUUCUCAGAAACAGCAACAAUUGUACAUUGGUUCCAGGGAUGGAUUGGUUCAGCUCUCUCUGCACAGAUGUCACACGUAUGGGAAGGCUUGUGCAGACUGCUGCCUUGCCAGAGACCCAUACUGUGCCUGGGAUGGAAACUCUUGUUCCAGAUAUGCCCCCACUUCUAAAAGGCGAGCCAGAAGGCAGGAUGUCAAGUAUGGAGACCCAGUUGCACAGUGCUGGGAUGUGGAAGACAGCAUUAGUCAUGAAACUGCUGAUGAAAAGGUGAUUUUUGGCAUUGAAUUUAAUUCCACUUUUCUGGAAUGUACUCCUAAGUCCCAGCAAGCCUCUAUUAGGUGGUAUGUUCAACGCUCUGGAGAAGAACACCGAGAAGAGCUGAAGGCUGAUGAAAGGAUCAUUAAAACGGAGCACGGGCUGCUGAUCCGCAGCUUGCAGAGAAGGGACGCGGGAGCCUAUUUCUGCAAAGCCCAGGAGCACACCUUUGUGCACACCAUCGUGAAGCUGAAUUUGAACGUCAUCGAGAAUGGACAGAUGGAGGGCACCCAGAAGACGGAGGACGAGGAGGGCCGGGUGAGGGAUUUGCUGACGGAGUCCCGGCUGAGGUACAAGGACUAUAUCCAGCUGGUCAGCAGCCCCAGCUUUAGCCUGGAUGAGUACUGUGAACAGAUGUGGCACCGGGAGAAGCGGCGGCAGCGGAACAAAGGUGGUGCCAAGUGGAAGCAUGUGCAGGAGAUGAAAAAAAAGCGAAACCGAAGGCACCACGAGCCAGCCAGGCCACCAUCGACGUAGUUUGUAAAUGCUAUUUAAAGAAAGGACAUUUUCCAUAAAAAAAAAAAAAAGAAAUACUGUGUUCUGGUUUUGUGCAUCUUGCCUAUGAGUUAGCACUGCUUCUUCUUGAAAUCAGAAAAUUUACCAUCACUGUUAAUCUGUGUGAGAAUGUACAGUGGGAUUCAAUGCCAAAUGAGAUGUUCCUUAUUGGAGUGCUGCAAACCAGGCAAUCAUUUCAAAUGCGUUCAUUAAAAAAGAAAAAGUGUACACUUUUAGCUAAUUUCUGGGUAGCCUUAGACUGCGUGAGCUGUGUUCUUUACUUCCUUUGUAAUUUUCACAUAGGGUUUAGUGUUUGUGUUCCCAUAUUAACAUUUGCUGCCACAUUCCACCCCAGAGGUGGCUACAUUUCAGGGGAAGGCAGAUGUACUUCCAGUUCUUUGGCAUCUUUCUGAAUAAGAAGCAUGGUAGAAAUGUGUGACAGAUCUGCAAAAAUACCCCUAAUUUACCCACUGGGCCUGUAUACAGGCACACGGGUGGGGUUUGCUAGCACAGAGAGGCACAGCAAAAAAUCAAAUUAAGUUUUGGCUUAGGGACAGCAUUCAUUCUGCCCAUAAAAAAGAGAAAGCAUAAUCAUAGUUUAAGAGAGGGGAAUUAUCGAGUGUUACUCGUUAGUGUUUGAGUAGCCACCAGUUUGCAGUCCAUCUGCUGAAAUGAAAUGCUGACUCUAAUUGAAAUUGCCACCGAGAUGCUUGGGAGUAAAUUUCCUAAGUGGUCCAUGGGAGGUAUGUGCACAAAUCCUAUUAACAAAUAAAGGGACUCCUGCCUGCACCUCUUCUAUGCCUCUAAAGGUUUGACUCUGGCCCUUUGCUGGCUUUGUUUUACGCAGAGGAAAAGAAAAUUAAAAGACAACAACAAGGCUAAAAUGAAAGACGAUGAGGGAAAUAUGUAGUGGCUGAGACCAGUGCUCUUGACACAGAGCUGACAUUCCUCAGAUGUGUGUAUUCUUUGGGAUUUUUUCUCAAAGGUCUUAUGUAUUUUUAGGUUGAAAAUUUGCAUUGUUGGAAUUAAUACUUUUAUUAUAAUUAAAUAAGAGAUGUCCACAUGUAAAUAAAACUUGUAAGUUAGAAAUUUGCUGUAUACCAUAAUUUCAUUUGUAAAGCGUUCCUUGUUCCUUGGUUUA